UCAUAUAUACAUUGGGAAAAUGGACGAGAUAUUUCAAAGAUUGAAGAACAAGUCGAAGGUCAACCAAACUUAUUAAAUGAAGCCAAUAAGCGCAUAUUUGAAAUGAUGCAGCCUGACACGCCUGAUGCUCAAAAAAUCGGAGGAAUACUUGCAAUUGAUGAAAUUGAAAUAGCUACUUUAUCUCGCUUCACAAAUUAUUUAAAAUUGGUCUUGCCAUGUAAUGAUCAACAGAUUAUGAUAUUAGCAUCAAAAGCAUUAG